GGGAGGCGUCGCUGUUUCCAAACGUCACGUCUAUUCUUGUGUGAAGACCUCGUGAAAAUGGCAGACACAAAGCUCUAUGACAUUUUAGGUGUGAAUAAGAAUUCUUCAGACGGGGAAAUUAAAAAGGCCUACUACAAGUUGGCAAAAGAAUAUCACCCAGACAAAAACCCAGAGGCUGGAGAAAAGUUCAAGGAAAUUAGUUUUGCAUAUGAAGUUUUGUCAAACCCAGAGAAGAAGGAAACAUAUGAUAGAUAUGGUUUACAGGGCCUCAAAGAGGGAGGUGGUGGACCAGGUGGCUUCCCGGGGGACAUUUUUGGAGAUCUGUUUGGAGGAAUCUUUGGCGGGGGAGGUGGACCAUUUGGAAUGGGAGGUAUGGGUGGCCGGCGAGGCAGGCGCAGAGGAGAAGAUACUCAUCAUCCACUUAGAGUGUCCUUAGAGGAUCUGUAUAAUGGAAAAACAGCCAAAUUACAGCUUAGUAAAACAAUUAUCUGUUCCAAAUGUAAAGGAGCUGGUGGUAAACCUGGGGCCAUGCAGAAAUGUCGGACAUGUAAUGGGCGGGGUGUGAAGGUCACCUUGAGACAGCUGGGUCCGGGAAUGGUACAACAGAUGCAGUCUGUCUGUCCAGAUUGUCACGGCGAAGGUGAAAUCAUAAAUGAAAAAGAUAGAUGUAAAGAAUGCAAGGGAAAGAAAGUGACCAAUGAAACCAAGAUCUUGGAGGUCCAUGUCGACAAGGGUAUGAAGGAUGGCCAGAAGAUUACCUUCCGAGGGGAGGGAGAUCAACUGCCAGAGAUAGAACCAGGGGAUGUGAUCAUUAUCCUGCAACAGAAAGAACAUGAACUUUUCACACGCAAUGAUAAUGACUUGUAUUGUACAUAUAACCUUUCAUUGACUGAGGCAUUGUGUGGUUUCCAAUUCACAUUAAAACAUUUGGAUGGAAGAGAUCUAGUGAUUAAAAGCCCCCCGGGAGUUGUUGUUAGUCCAGGAUCAGUACGAUGUGUUAUGGGAGAAGGAAUGCCCUUCUACAGAAAUCCCUUCGAGAAGGGGAACCUUCUUGUUAGGUUCGAUAUCACAUUUCCACCUCAGAACUUUGCCCCUCCAGAAGAUUUACAGAAACUAGAAAAGUUACUGCCACCAAGACCAAAGAUAGAUAUUCCUGCAGGAGAGGAUGUAGAAGAAGUAACUCUGGUUGAGUUUGAAGAGUCGAGAGGUCAUGGCUCCCGACGGGAAGCCUAUGAUGACGACGAUGAUGAUGACCAUCAUGGACAUGGACCUAGAGUUCAAUGUGCACAUCAAUAACGAUGAGACAUUUUAGGAGAAUUUUUAAACUUUCUGUUCUGGGGGGAGUUUUAUCCUUUGUUGAACAAUUCCGUAAUGCUAUUGAAUAAUUCGACCAGUCUAUAAUUAGAACUUCAACCUUAACCGACACAUAUAGAAAUUUCAUGUUAAUCAGUAAAGGAUAUUUCAUUGUGACCCAAACCCAACAGGAUAUUACAUUGAUGUUUGCAUUUGUACGGAAACGGAAGAAAAACUGAGUUUUAUAUUGGGAUUUCUUUGAGUCACAGCUGAGUUCCCCUUCCUGCUGUGGCCUGCUUGUUGAGGUUUUCCAGUGUAAUUGUUGUUCUGAAUUUUGUCAUGUAAGCUUUGUUUUAUUGUCUUGUUUUAAAUGACUUAAAACCCUGUCAUUAUUACAUGAAUUCAGUACCAGCACUUUCAUUGUCAUUGAAAGCACUUCGUAAUUUUACCAACUCCUUUCAUACAAAGCUUUAAGGCUAGUAACAUGAGGUACAUGUUUAUCACCAACUCUCUUAUGUAAAUGGACAUACAGUUUUUCAGAUUUUAAGUUCAUGUAAAUGCAUAUUCAAAAGUGAUUUGCAGUUGUUCCAGCUAGAGAAAUUUAAUGUUAAACAUGAUAAAUUCAUGUAAUUAAAUUGCAUUUUCAGAUUUCCUUUUGAAAAUUAAUGUAUUUAUUAAACAAACAUAGAAGUAUUCUCAUUUUCUAACUGAAUAGUGGUACAUGUAUUUGCUGUGCCUGCCAACACAACCGAUGGUGGAAACGGUAUAUUUGUAGUACCUAUAGACCUAUAUUUCCUGAAUGUUCAAUGUCUUUCAAUUAAAUUCUUAAAUGACAGCAUAUAUGUAUGUUAACAACAAAUAGCAAAAUGUUGUAGAAUGUAUUCUAAAUCGCAUAUACAUGUAUCUGCAUGUUUUUGAUGAGGACAUUUUUAAAAGCUUACAUCAGCCUUUUAUACAUACAUGUAUAAUAUUUUUUUUCUUGAAAGGGGGUAUCAAUUAUUUAUUCAUAGUAAAAUAUUCUGAUCACCAUACAAUUAUAAUCUUGCUGACCAUGUAAUUCCUUAUCAGAUCUGUGUUAAAUUUACAUGAAAACCAGGAAAGUGACUAUAUAUACAACAUUUUUAGAACACUUUUAUUGAUUGUUUAGAUUUUAACUUGAUUGUGGAAUGCUGGAUUUCUCUUAACUUAAUUUCAAGCAAUGAAAAAACCUUUAUAUUUUUCAUAAAGAAUCUUUAGUACUGGGAAAGUUCGAAAGAUUCUAAAGAGUGUAAUUAUUGGAUAGAAUUUUCAAUUGAGUGUUGAUGUUUAUCUUCUUAUUUGUCAAAUAAUGUGAUGACUUUGAAUUCUAAUUUCAAUGAUAGUCUAAACUGUCCCACAAUCAGAGACACACACACUUGUAUGGAAAUUUUUUUCCCAUUGCCUUAUUAUUUUUAAGUCACCUGAGUCACGCAAGUGACUUGCUGCUGUCUGUUAUUGUCUCUAUUUUGUAUAAUCUUCUGGUUUUUUUCCACCACAAGCUUUCUUUCUUGAACAGCUGAACUAAUUUCAAUCAAUUUUGGUAAAUAUCAAUAGCAUCUAUUGGUAAAUAUCAGUAGCAUCUAUUGGUAAAUAUCAAUAGCAUCUAUUGGUAAAUAUCAAUAGCAUCUAUUGGUAAAUAUCAAUAGCAUCUAUUGGUAAAUAUCAGUAGCAUCUAUUGGGUAAGGGGAGCAAAAAAUGUGAAUUUCAUGAUUUAUGUUCCAUGGGGCCUAUGGGAUGUAGUCUAAACAAUGUCUUUUUAAUGCCAUCUUCAAAAAUUUGUUCACUACUGGACAUGUAUAUUAAAAUUGCAAUGUGGCUUAAAAAAUAGUAAAUCUUUACUUCUAGACCCCUUGGUUAAGAGUUAACUAUAUGACAUACCGUUGAAACUCUUGUUUAUUCAGGGACAUUUAGCAAGCAGACUUUAUUCAUGGUUUCUAGAAGUUUUUGCCCUUUACCAAAUUGGUGAAAUGGGUAUCCCAAAAGUUGAGGCCCCAGGGUGGGGUUAAAUUGAUCAGUUUAUUUUUAAAUAUCUUUUUCUACUAAUCAACAAGGAUUAUAGUGAACAUAGAGUAGUCGUAAGAUUUUAAAAUACAUGUCACAUGAGUACAGAGUUCCAGGAGAAACUCUUGAUACUCAGAUGCCCUCCAAAGCCCCUGGGCCUCUUGUCGUAAUGUCUUAUUUUCUUGGUGGUAUUAGGAGUUGUAUGUCAGCAAGAAUAACAUCAUGAUGUGCUUAGUAUUCAUGGUGAACAAAGAGUUUCAGAGAUUCUGUAACAUUUAACUCUGUCAUGCAUCUAAACAUUCUCUGACAAGGUCUAUACUUUUUCUGUAUUGACUUUAUAGAACAAAAUAAAAUGAACUUGAAUGAGA